AUGGCCACCAUUGGGCAGAUCGUCUUCUACAGGCGGUGCUGUCGCCACCUCUGUCAGGACCCUGGGUCCUCGUCUCAUAAUAACAACAUGGCUGCCCUCUCCAGAAGCAGACACCGGUGGAAAAGGAUCAAAUGUUUGCAUGUUUUCUCAAGGAACCUUACAGGAAAGUUUGAUUAUGACCUCCUGGUUGUUGGUGGUGGUUCUGGAGGCCUUGCUUGUUCAAAAGAAGCUGCACAACUGGGACAGAAAGUAGCUGUUUUAGACUAUGUGGAACCAUCUGCUAAAGGCACCAAAUGGGGUCUGGGUGGUACGUGUGUCAACGUGGGCUGCAUUCCUAAGAAGCUCAUGCAUCAGGCUGCUCUGCUCGGUAGUGCAGUCAAAGAUGCUCAGAAGUACGGCUGGCAGAUAUCAGGGACAGUCUGCCAUGACUGGCCCAGCAUGGCAGAAGCUAUACAAAACCACGUCAGGUCUCUGAACUGGGGUCACAGAGUCCAGCUCCAAGACAAGAAGGUGAAAUAUCUGAACCUCAAAGGAAGUCUGGUGGAUGAACACACAGUUAGAGGAGUGACGAAAGCAGGAAAAGAGACAAUCUUGACAGCAAAGAACAUUGUGAUUGCCACAGGCGGACGACCCAAAUACCCCACAAAUGUCCCUGGAGCAGUGGAGCACGGGAUCACCAGCGACGAUUUAUUUUGGCUAAGAAAAUCUCCUGGGAAAACACUUGUGGUCGGAGCCAGCUAUGUUGCUCUUGAGUGUGCCGGCUUCCUCACAGGCAUCGGACUGGACGCCACAGUGAUGGUCCGCAGCAUGGCUCUCAGGGGAUUUGAUCGGCAAAUGGCUGGUCUUGUGACGGACUACAUGGAGUCCUACGGGACCAGGUUUGCAUGGAAUUCCGUCCCGAAAAGAGUGGACAGGCUUUCGUCAGGAGGCCUGCAGGUGACGUGGACCCUGGCACAGUCCGGCGAAGAACUCAAAGACACUUACGACUCUGUGUUGUGGGCGGUUGGCAGAGCUCCUGAAACCAAAGCCCUGGGCCUGGACAGGCUUGGCGUGGAACUCAACGAGGAGUCGGGGAAAAUAAUUGUAGGCGCCGAUGAAUCCACCUCAGUGCCAAACAUCUUUGCUUUCGGUGACAUCGGUGAGGGCCGCCCUGAGUUGACUCCGACGGCCAUUAAAGCCGGAAAGCUUCUGGCCCACAGACUUGCUGGUCGGAGCGCUGAGCUCAUGAACUAUGACAACGUGGCCACCACCGUGUUCACCCCGCUGGAGUACGCCUGCGUCGGUCUGUCUGAGGAGGAGGCCGAGAAGAGGCACGGAAAGGACGGCAUAGAAGUAUACCAUGCCUUCUACAAGCCUCUGGAAUUCACCGUUGCAGAGCGAGAUGCCGGCCAGUGCUACAUAAAGGUGGUAUGCGAGCGUGGCGGGGAUCAGAAGAUCCUGGGUCUGCAUUUCACUGGGCCGAAUGCCGGAGAGGUCACCCAGGGCUUUGCUAUGGGCCUGCAGUGUGGAGCAACGUAUUCCCACCUGCUGCAGACGGUAGGAAUCCACCCAACCUGCGCUGAGGAGGUGGUAAAGGUCCACAUCACGAAGCGCUCUGGGCUGGACCCCACGGUGACGGGCUGCUGAGGUUAAGCACCCCGGCCUGAGAGCACACAGGAAACAGGGCAGUUAGACUGGGUUCAUUACUUCUCUUUUUAGCUCUCCAUUUCCACAGCACCGCAUUUUCCCCGUGCCUUCUGGCACCUUUGUAGCGGAGGGAUGUUAGUAACCUCUGGCUCCUCACAUUAAGAUCACUGACAUGUUGUUUUCCCCCUUUACGCACAUGCCGUGCGCAUGCUCCGAGAGCACGGCGCUAUGGAUCAGGUCAGUGAGAGCUGGGCCACAGAGCGAGCGUCUUUUAAAUAAACAGGCUCAUCAAUCAGGGUUACGACAUGCGCUCAGGAUUCUGUCGAAACCGCACGAGAAACAGUCCAAGUUCGAACGUUCUACUGAAUAUAUAUUCUGCAAAUAUUGUUGUUUCUCUGGCUGUACUUCCUGUCCAUUACUCUUGUAGGUGACACAUACCAUACAGCCCCCCCCCCCACCCCUCCACCACCACAACCGUGGUGACACUGAUGGAUGGCCCCAGGGCCGUCGCCGCAGCGACACCGCUCCAUUUCCCAUGGACACACACAAAUAGUCAGCCAGCCAGCAAAGGCCCGGACCAGGAUGCCUGGGUCCGGCACUGUCCAGCAGGCCCGUUUUCUGUCCCCCGAUGCUCUUCUCGAAACAACACGCAUGAAGAAGAAAUGGUGGGACGGCAAUAUGUGCUGUCAAAAGCUGUAAGCAAGGCACAUCCCAGGCCCACGGAGCAGAAUUUAACCAGCUCACUCAUCACAGUUGCACUUCCCAGUCCCACCCAAAGGCGGCACUGUUGCCCUCCUGUUCUCUCAUUUCUUUUUGUGAGCCAAGAACAGAGUGGAUGAAGUAGUCACUCUAUAAUACAUAAGCCUGGAUGCAUUCAGGUUGCACAUUUAAUCCCUUUAAUCCCUAUUAAAGAUAUUUGCUUUUGGAUGGCACUGGAAAGCUGACUAGUUUUCUGCGUGCCGAACUGAUAAGGGGUAUCUGUUGUAUAUUUACAUGGAUGGCAGGUUAGACCUCAAGAGUCAUCACCCCUGAAGAUAAGGGGAGUUGUUUAUAUCAAUAAAGCAUUAAUGGACCCCCGGAGUUUGCCAAAGCGCCUGUACCUGGCAUCUUGGGUUUAUUAAGAAGAUGAGGAAGGAGGACUGUCAAUAAAGACGGCUGCUCCUGAAAAUUGAGGGACCCAUAAGGAGGCUGUUGGCUGUAGUUUAUUUUCAUUUGACGUGUAAUCUGCCCAGUCUGAUUAAUGAUUGCGAUGAGGAAAAUGAUAGCGUGCCAGGAGAUGGAGAGAUGAAAAAAAAAAGAGAGCGAGCGCUACCAGGUUUAUUUGGGCCUGGGCCUGAGAGGAGAGCGCCGAGUUCCAGCCCGAGUCAGGGAGGGAAGGGGGAUUCCUGUGUGCUCUGUUUCAGGGCCGAGGUGCUGACUGAAGGACCCUGACCUCCGCUCAGCAGGAACAGCUUGACUCUAUCACUUGGAGCACAGAGGGGCUCAUGUGCUGCGGUGCGGCAUGGCAGGGGCUUUGGAGCUGGGGAGGCUCCAGGUGGAGAAAGGAGGUGGGACAGCCCAAGGAAGCCCAGCAACACAACACCGAGCAGCGUUCAGGAUAACUAAGUGUGGGUCCCACUGCUUUUACAACCACUUCAGAGACCCCGGGAUAGACCCAAAGUAGCAGGAGGGACCCAGGGACCAUCAAAACCGUUAUGUCUGUGUGCUUUUUAGUUUUAUUAUUGGAAUAUGUCUGACAUGAAUGUUUCCUGUUCGCUGCUGAGCGUUUGCUCCAAAGAUUUGACCCGUUAGCCUUUGCUGUGCUCCACAGGAGGGGGGGGGGUCAGGGUUCAAUUUUCAGGUUGGCCAGCUAAUGAUGACCUACACUAAAACCCAAAACUGGGGAGUGGAGGCCUGAUGUCACCUGGUCACAAACAUUUGUUCAUGUAAAUAGAGAAGUGUAAUUUUCCUCUAAAGCUUUGUGAUACAUAAUUUAUAUGUAAAGUAACAACGCAUUGAGCUACAGUGUCGCCAUUAAAGAAAUUAU